AUGGUUUCUCAGACACAUGUUUCUGGAUCCAAUAAAGAAUUUAAGGUUUUAGAGGUUUUAGGGGGGAAGAAACCUCGCAGCAGUCAGCAAGGGAGACCUUGUUGGGAGGCCUUUGGAUGGGAUGGUCCCAGGAUCAACCAAGCGGGUUUGGGGCUUUGGAGCUCCACCCUCACUGUCAUUGUCCUCUGUCUGGGGAAAGUUCAGGCUCCACAGUCACGGUGCAGCAGGAGCUGUGGACCCGGCUUCAGAAAACGUGCCCAGCAGGGGGAGGCCUUCUGCUGCUAUUUUUGUGUCCAGUGCCCGGAGGGGGAGAUUUCCAAUGAGACAGAUGCGGAACAGUGUGUGAAGUGUCCCGAAGAUCAAUAUCCAAACAUUGCGAGAGAUGGCUGUCUCCACAAAGUGGUGACUUUCCUGUCCCCCAAAGAACCUCUGGGGCUGAUCCUGGUCUGCACGUCUCUCUCCUUCUGUCUUCUCACAGCCCUGAUUUUAGGGGUCUUCAUUAAGUACCGAGACACCCCCAUAGUCCGAGCCAAUAACCGCAAUCUCAGCUACACCCUCCUCAUAUCCCUCAAGCUCUGUUUCCUCUGCGCCCUGAUCUUCAUCGGCCAACCCACCCCAGCCUCCUGCCUCCUCCGACAAACAGCUUUUGGUGUUGUGUUCACCGUGGCCGUCUCCUCUAUCUUGGCCAAAACUGUCAUUGUGGUUCUGGCCUUCAGGGCCACAAGCUUGGGGAGCAACAUCAGAGGGUGGGUGGGGACCAGAACCUCGACUUCAAUAGUCCUGUCCUGCUCCCUGGUCCAGGUGCUCAUCUGUGUGAUCUGGCUGGGCACCGCUCCCCCAUUCCCAGAGAUGAACACACACUCUGAGCCUGGACUCAUUAUCAUCGAGUGUAAUGAGGGCUCUGUGACUGCCUUCUACUGUGUCCUGGGCUAUCUGGGCUCUCUAGCCCUGGUGAGCUUCACUGUGGCUUUUCUGGUCAGGAAACUGCCUGACAGCUUCAACGAGGCCAAGUUUAUCACGUUUGGCAUGCUGGUGUUCUGCAGCGUCUGGGCUUCCUUCCUCCCCGCAUACCAGAGCACCAAGGGGAAGGCCACGGUGGCUGCGGAGAUCUUCUCCAUCCUGACCUCCAGUGCCGGGGUUCUUAGCUGCAUCUUCAUCCCCAAGUGCUACGUGAUCCUGGUGCAACCUGACAGGAACACCCGGGAGUGUUUGAAGAGGAAAUGAA